AUUCAAUAAUCUUAAAUCCGUGCCAAGUGUGUACCUAUGUAGAUGGUGAUAACCUAGCAAGGCAAUACCAUUAAAUUUUUAUUAGUUCAUUAUUAUUACAUGAAACCCAUGCAGUAUUUGUCCCACGCCUUCAACAAUGGUAUUCAGGUGUUUGCCGCUAUUAAAAAAAUUCCUUUGAAUUAUUUUCUAUAGUCGCGCAUAUUUAAUUAUUAUUUUUGUGGUACCAUAGUGCUCGGUCUAACAAAAUGGUUCUUGCUGAUCAAAGAAAGUGUCCAAGGUCGUAUGGGAUAAAUGACGGAAAUUUUGGAAAUAUCGAACUGGAUCACCCUACAUGGAAAUUUUGGAAAAAACGGAGAUACGUCGUGGCGACUCUGGCAUUUUUUGGAUUUUUUAACGUCUAUUGUCUUCGAGUGAAUCUAAGCAUAGCCAUAGUGGCAAUGACUCAAGAACGAUACGAAAUUUCAGAAAAUGGAACCAAGAUAUCGCUGGGUCCCGAGUUUGAUUGGAACAACGAAAUGCAAGGUUACAUUCUGAGUUCCUUUUUCUACGGAUACAUCACCACCCAACUCUUAGGAGGAUAUUUAUCAGCAAAGUUUGGGGGCAAAACCAUUUUUGGAUCUGGUGUGGCCGUUACAGCCGCGUUGACUGUGAUAACUCCUGUGUUAGCUAAGACAAACGUUUAUCUUCUAUUAUCUGUAAGAAUUAUUGAAGGCAUUUUCGAGGGUGUCACUUAUCCUUGCAUACACGCCGUUUGGGCAAAAUGGGCACCACCUUUAGAACGAAGCAGAUUAGCUACCAUAGCUUUCUCAGGCAGCUACGCUGGAACUGUAGUAGCUAUGCCAGCUUGCGCUUAUUUGGCCGAAGCAUUUGGUUGGCCAAGUAUUUUUUAUGUUUUUGGUAUUAUUGGUUUGAUAUGGUAUGUCUUAUGGACAAUGAUAGUAGCAGAUUCACCCGAAUCAGACAAGAAAAUUUCCAAAAAUGAAUUGGAUUAUAUUUUGAGUUCUUUGGAAAGCAGUAAGAGUGAUGGUACUUUGAGUAUUCCUUGGAAAAAAAUUUUGAUGUCAGCUCCUGUAUGGGCUAUAGUGAUAUCGCAUUUUAGUGAGAAUUGGGGAUUUUAUACUCUGUUGACUCAAUUGCCUAAAUAUCUAAAAGAUAUUCACGACUACGAUUUAGGAAAAUCGGGCUUCCUCUCAGGACUACCUUACUUGGUAAUGGCAAUAAUGAUGCAGUUUUCCGGCCAAUGGGCUGAUUGGUUUCGAGUAAAAGGUAUACUGACUACCACACAAGUGAGGAAAAUAUUCAAUUGCAGCGGUUUCAUAGCUCAAACUAUUUUCAUGAUGGGAGCUGCCUUUUGGUCAGAUAAAAUCGGAACUGUUUUCUGUUUGACUCUGGCUGUUGGAUUAGGAGCUUUCGCUUGGGCUGGUUUCAGUGUAAAUCAUCUGGACAUCGCUCCUCAGUACGCCAGCGUACUGAUGGGUCUAGGAAAUACUAUAGCUACUUUGCCAGGAAUAAUAAGUCCAAUUUUGUCUGGGUUUAUUGUGUCAAAGCCACCACAAAUAUCCGAAUGGCAAAUAGUAUUUUAUUUAUCUGCGGGUAUUUAUUUGUUUGGGGCGGUUGUAUACGGUACAUUUGCAUCUGGAGAACUGCAGCCAUGGGCCAUAGUGAAAAUAGACACAGAAAGGGAGAAAAGUGACGAAAAAAAAGGGAUAGAAAAUAGGACUUUUACUACAGCUGAUGAAGAAUUAUGAUGAUAGAAGGAAAAAUAAAUUCU